AUUUGUUUUCAUUUUUACCAAAAUGAGUUCUCCCUAUGAAGCCCCAGUUUUAUCCGAAAUAGGAUGUUGGGUGAUUGGUUACAAUAAAACCCGUUCCCCAGGAGCUUUUUCUGCUGGAAAUGACAAAGACAAUCAAGUUUUUGUUGCCAGGUCAAACCAAUUUGGCUCAUGGAUACCCGGAAAAUACAUUGAAACGCUUGGUGCCUACGUAUCUCUAGAGGGACAGGAAAUAUCAUGCGACAAGUUUGAAAUUCUUUGUCUUUCCAAGAUGCGCUGGCAAAAAGCUGUUGGAGGGGAAAUCCCAGCCAAUGCGUUCAUUGGCAGCAAAGGCGGUGGUGAAACUUUGUAUGUUGGAAGAGUAAAACACGAAGGUAACAGGGUUUCCGUGGGAAAAGUCAAAAGUCCCUAUAACGUUUGCGAGUACCCAAUGGACGGCAGAGAAGUCACCAGCAAUAACUUUGACAUACUUGUUGUCUAGAUAGCAAAUGUAUCAAUUGAUAAAGUUAAUAAAAC